AUAUUAAAAUGUAACAUUGUUGUCUCCCGUCCCUGGAUUUCCACUCUGAUCUCAGUGGGAUUUGAACUUGGCGACUGAGAAGGCAUUGUAGUGAGAAACAGCCAUAGCCUGUGACUUGCUAAGUGUUCAGCUCCUCCCCUUAAUUUAAAAAAACAAAAAGUCUCAAGUUCCGCCAUUUCCUGUCUCAGUCCACAACACUCCCUACCCGUUAUAAUCCACACUGCUCCUCUGCAUGAGAAACUAAAAUAAGCCAAGCACAGUGUUGCAAUGGAGGGAAGUGAGUCAACAGCUAGAGAGAGGACAACAGGAACUGGGAGUCAGGUGGCAGAGCAGAAGCUGCUGAGUUCCACCAAGCCCCUGUAUCGCUUCACCCGAAAUGAGCCCAGAAGUCUUGGGAUUGCCAUCGUGAUGUUCGGCUGUGCAGAGAUCCUGAUGGGAUUCAAUCUGAAACAAGAAGAGUGGAUCACUUCUUGUGUCCUCUUCAUCCCCUUCUGGCAGGGAGCUCUGUUUCUUGUGUGUGGAAUCCUGUCUAUCUACACUGAGAUUCAUCCAUCCAAGAGGAUGGUGACUGUGUGUUUGGCCAUGUAUGUGGUUUCACUUUUAGGGAUCGUGAUCUCUGUUGGCUACAGGAUAUACCUCUUGGGUCAUUUUAGCUACGAGAAUCACCGAAGCAGAUUCAGGGAGGAUGAGAACGCCAGAGUGGACCUGGUUCUAGGUGUUGAAUCCAUUUUGUUCAGCUCCUCUCUGUGUGUGUCAGGACUCCUCAUCUUCUUGUGUGUUGUGUCACGCUUAGCUCUGAAAUCCACGAACACUCAGUUUAUUCUCCAGUGCAUCCCAGCACCACCAGCAGCAGCACCAGCAGCAGCACCAGCACCACCACCAGCAGCACCAGCAGCAGCACCAGCACCACCACCAGCAGCAGCAGCAGCACCACAGAGUGAUGCAACAACAUCAAACUGAUCUCAACAUUUUGAAGGAUUAUUCUACAAUACAGUGGUUUUCCUGCAUCCCACCUACUGUGAAAGAAACACCAUGACUCUGGAUAGUAUAUAAUGUAUAUGUUAUACCAGAAGGAGUGGUAAGCCCUAUACAGCCCUGCCACAGCUUUUUAGUUACCUAUAUCCACUGAGCUUUACUCCACAGUAUGUGUAACUGCAGUAAGAAAUGCAUCACUGAACCACUUUUAUUUGCUUUGCUUAUUGUGAUUCCUGUUGUCUCAUGUGACACUUUUAUUUACAUGCACUUAUAAAGGAACAUAGUAACCACUAUUCUCUAUAGUGAGGCAAUGUGUCCUUACUGUAUGUGUGUAGCAGCAGUAGACACACAUUAUUUGAAUGAAAGCCUCAAAGCGAAUGGUCUGACAUACUGAUACUGAUCUAUCAAUGUGGUCACUAACUCCAUGAUGUUGUAUCACCUCAUCUAAAUGUAUAUUAACACACACACUGCACAGUUAUCAUAGUUAACACUGGUAAAAAUAUUUAAACUAAAAAUAAGAUGAAUUAAAAGUACAUUUUCCUUAUGUUCCACAAUACCCUAACCUACAAGAAAUCUAACCAAGUUUCACCAAAUCAUAUUUAGCCUGUCAAUUAAUAUUUUGAUCUUAUACUGACUGUUGCACUUACUGUUAACCUUUAACUUUUAUGCCACCAACAUGUCUGAUCACUUCCUGUGUUACCUGCAUUAAUAUUAGUAUGUGCAGCAUUUGGGCAUAAUGUAAUGUGAAUCUAACUUA